AUGGCAAGUGGUGAAAGUGAGGCUUCAGCUAUUGGUAAAUGUGUCGUUCUGCCAGCAACGUUUAUUGGUGGACCAAGAAAUAUGAGACGAAAAUAUAUAGAUGCUAUGGCGUUAGUCCAGAAAUUUGGUAAACCGGACCUUUUUUUGACCUUAACAUGUAAUCCUAAUUGGCCCGAGAUUAGACAACACAUGAUGGCUCAUGAAGAGACACAUAACAGAGCUGAUUUGGUUGUCAGGGUUUUCCAUGCAAAACUUGAGUUGUUCAAGAAUGAAAUUUUAAAGAAAAAUAUCUUUGGAAAAGUAGCUGCCUAUACUUAUGUCAUAGAAUUCCAGAAGAGAGGUUUGCCACAUGCACACUUUUUGCUCAUACUUGAACAUGAUUUUAAGAUGUAUGAACCUAAGGAGUAUGAUGAGAUUGUUUGUGCUGAAUUACCAAAUGAACAUUCCAAUCCUCAUCUACAUAAGAUGUUUGUGAAACACAUGCUUCAUGGUGCAUGUGGUAACCUAAAUCCAAAAAAUGUUUGCAUGAAAAAUGGAACUUGCAAGAACUCAUAUCCAAAAGAAUUUUGUCAUGAGACAAAUCAGACUAAUGACGCAUAUCCUACAUAUCGUAGACGUAAUAAUGGAGUUAGUGUUAUUGUUAGGGGUGCUAAACUUGAUAACAGAUGGGUUGUUCCUUAA